AUGUAUAGCCAAGUGCUAAGAAAUUUUCAACGUAUUUUAGUGCUUCAAACACGGCGAUCUACGCAUAUCACUAACAAUACAUUUCACUGUGUUUGCCGAAAAUUCGUAGUAUAUCCCGCUAAUCAUUUAUCACUGAGUAGUGUUACGCGCCUUCAUGACAACUGGGAAUCUUCUGUAGAAAACAACAAAAACGCCGAUUCGCCAUUUACCCCUGACCCAAGUCAGUUGGAUUCUCCACAAGGAAAUGAACGUGAUUAUAUUGUAGAAUAUUGCUUAGAGCACGAAAAACCGCGACGCUAUAUUCUUGUUGAAGCACUACGAACGCGCUAUCGGCUAACGGAUAAUGAUGUCGAACGUGUUAUGAAAGAUGAAGUGGUCAAAAAAACUUUCCAUAAACGUUCCCUCGUACGGGCUUUAGAGUUGCUUUGUCUUGAAGGUGUGACAAAAGAAAGCUUUUUAAGCUAUCCAUGGAUAUUAACGAUCGACAAAGUGCGUUUGCAAGAAAAGCUAACGAUUAUUCGUACACUUCCGGUACGUGAUAUUAACCACUUUGUGCCCUUUCUGCGUUUGACUUUACCGCGUCUACGUAAGUUGGUAUCAAUUAUGAAUUCAGAAUCCAAAGUUAUACCACAAGGAAAUCGUGUUUAUUACAUCAGCGAACUACUAAAAACAGACCCAAAGCUAGUGACGAAGUAUUUAUCUAAACGUUUGUUUAUUUUGGAAAUGCCUUUUGAGAUGUUAGAGCAGAAUCUCAAGCAUAUGAUAAACUACAAUGUAUCACCAAUAAAUAUUUUAAAAGAUCUUUGGGCUUUUCGUUACACACCAAAAUCUGUGGAAUUGCGCUUGGAACGUGCAAAACGUGCUAAAAAGGAUAAGAUUAUGCCAUGGAUGGUACGUUGUCCCGAACCCAUAUUGCAAAGAUCCUUUAAGCUUACUUUAGACGAGCUCGCUGUGUUGGGUGACAAAAAGAAUGUAGUCGAAUAUGUAGCAGAACGUUUGGAAUUCGAUGUCGAAACUAUGAAGUGCAUAAUGGAAAGACAUCCAGCUGUUAUGCGUGUGCGCGUAACAAAGAUAAAGGAAGUGCUUGAUUAUUUGCUGAAUGAAGCUGGCUUCACGCGACAUGAAAUCGCGAAUGUACCACGUAUUCUAUGUCACGGCUUGGAAACAACUAAGCAACGUAUAGAAGAACUUAAAUCGUACGGUUGCCGUCCCACAAGCUUAGUUAUUGUGUGUCGUAGCAAACGUGAAUACGAAAAAUUUGUAAAAUCCUGGUUGGAAAUGGAUUUAAAAAUGCAUAAAUACAAGGAAAAGAGCCAAACCAAUGAAACACAAACAUAGUUUCUAAGUAUUUUCUUUUUGCUUUUGUUAUAUUUUGUAAGUUUUGAAAAUAUAU